GCAAAAAGGCAUUUCCGUUUCUGGCGGCAGCUAAUGUACUUAUGUACGUUUUUUUUUUAUGUGUGUUGAUUUUUGACACUAUUUAUACAGUUUUUACAGUACGGAGUAAUUUUUUAUUUCCUGGUUUGUCUGACUUUUGCAAAUCGCCGACCAAAUAUCACGACAAGUCUAACCACCGCGAAACCCUAAUUUUCCGGCGAUCUCCAUCAUCUUAAACUUCUUGGAAGCUUAGCUUUUACCAUUUAUACAUAAAUCAUAAAUGGUUUGUGAGAAGCCUGCUUUUUGGGAACCUUGUUCCUGUGAGACUAUGACAAAGCAGAAGGUUAGGGCAGUUACAGUCAAUGUUCAGUGUAGGAAUCUGCUGAAUAAAGUUUCUUUUGAUCAAGAUAAAAACAAAAGAUUUAUCCCCCCUGCAAAUAUGUAUCUGAUGGUGUUAGGGCAUGAUAUAACAUUAUUCUCCCCAAAGAAUCAGAAAUCUUUUAUGAAUCCCAAAGUAGCUGAAGUAGUCUAUGCCCAUUAUGCAGCAGAGUAGCUCAUCUGCUAGUAUGGUGCUCCUUCAAAUGCUUCCUCCAGGCUCUAGUCAGAUGUAUGGUAGCACUGAAUGAGCAAAAGAACUCUUUGGAUCUUCAGUUCUUCUUCAAAUAUGGCUAAAGGUUAUGUCAAACAAGCUUUGCUGCAAAAUAUCUCUUUUGGGUGAUCAUGUUAAUGGUGCACCAAUGUGUCUCUGAAGCUGCAAAUUUAAACGCUCUUCAUAUUUCAGGAGGCAAGGCUACAAGUCUUUGACUUCAAAAAUAUGUUGCUCAGGAAAGGUUCUAUGGAUUGAAUUCAUCUUGCUUCAAUGCUUAUAAAGAAGCUGGGCUGUGCUAAGCUUUUUUUGGAUGUCCUUUUCUUCAAGGAUAGAAGGCUUACAAAUUAAGAGGUUGUUCUACCUCAGAGAUUUAUGGAGCUCGUUGAUAUGAUGAAAGUUAUGCCAAUGACUUUUCUUCACUCAUUCAAAACCAUGCAUGGUUUAUGAUUUCGGAUGCGUAAGAUGUGAAGCAGCAACUACCACAUACGUAUAUGGAACUUUCUGUUGGGGGUUUCAGCAAGUAUAUAUUUGCCGCUUACCUAGCUGUGGCUAGUUGAGUCCUUGGGAGGUAAUUUUAAACUUUUUGUCUUCUUUUUUUCUUGAUAAACCAUAAACCCACUGAGAAUCAUUAUUGCAAAACCCUUAAUAAAUAGCAAUGCAUAAAAUUGCUGAAGCAUACGCUUUGACUUGAAUCACUUGUUGUACAUUUGACCAUAAUCCAACUUAAGUUUAUUGGAUAGAGCCAACGAGGGUGACCAAGUUUAUGUAUUAAUUACAAGUUUACGAGCCAACUAGUUGAAGUCUUAUAGGUAAAUUAUAAAUACCACUACAGUAACAAAGAGGUAGUUUCUAUGUGACCAUUGAUUGACCUAAGCCUACUACUGAAUAAUUUGACAGCAGAUUUUAGAGGUUAUUUCAGAAUCAGCAGGCACCAAACAUUUUUUAUCAGAGAAUUUUGUUUGUUUUAUAUUUUCUGCAAUUUAGUUUGAGGUCCAAUUUGCUUGACAUUUUGGCAAAGGCUUUAAAUUUAUCCACUCAACUCCCAAGACGUCAUGUACAGAUUUGGCUGUCAGCUACUGCACUUAAUGCGAUGUGCACCAGAAUAUUUAAUUAGAUACUCUCUGUUUCUGUUUAUUUAUACAUUUAUUUUAUGUUUUUAUGUAUCCAUUAAUAAUUUUUUAACUAUUUAUUUACCCGUCAUUGAUUUAAUCUAUUUUUCAAACACGCUUCUUUUGUCCCACAAUAUUUACACAUUUUUACUCAGUUCCACUUUCACCUAUAUGUUUCUUACAUCCACUUAAUUUUUCCCGAAACAAAAGUCUACAUAAAUAAAAGUGGACAGAGUAAUAUAUUUAUUUAUUCAGACUGAUUAGCUGCUUAUUUUAUUUUAUUGUACUAUUAUUGAUCCAACCAUUUUAGAGGUUGCCUCAAAAAAAGAAAGAAAAAAGCCACCAUGAUUUCAGAAACCUGGAUAAUUCUACUACUGACCCUCCUCACUGUGUUUUUGGCUAUAAUCUUCUUCACCAGAAAACAGAACCACCACCAACCACCACUCCCCCCAGGCCCAUUGGGCCUUCCCAUACUAGGGAACCUCCUCUCACUAGACCCAGAACUCCACACUUACUUUGCUUCAUUGGCCCAAACCCACGGCCCAAUUUUCUCUCUCCGGCUUGGGACGAAGCUCGGUAUUGUCAUCUCCUCUCCUGCUCUGGCUAAGGAGGUGCUUAAAGAUCAUGACGUCAUCUUUUCCAACCGUGAUGUACCCAUUGCUGGAAAAUUGGCCACGUAUGGCGGCCACAACAUAGUUUGGUCUCCCUACGGCCCCACGUGGCGGCUGCUGCGUAAAGUCACUGUGAGAGAGAUGCUUGGUGCUUCUACACUUGAUGCUCUGUAUGGCAUCCGUCGGCAGGAAACCCGGCAGAUGAUCCGGGGAUUGUCGGAGAAAGCGGGGACGAAAACGGCGGUUAAUCUAGGAGAGGAGGUGUUCUUGGUGGUGAUCAGGGUGGUGACAGGGAUGUUGUGGGGUGGUGCCAUGGGGAUUGAAGAGAGAGAAAAGGUUGAGUCGGAGUUUAGAGUGGCGGUGACCGAGUUUGUAAGGUUGUUGGGUGCACCGAAUAUAUCAGACUUUUUUCCGAGUUUGGCAUUGUUCGAUUUGCAGGGUAUAGAGAAAAGUAUGAGGAAGUGUGCUAAGUGGUUGGAUGAAAUUUUUGAGAAUGUGAUUGAUCAACGGCUGAGAAAUAAUAGGGAGGGAGAUGGCGGGAGGAAGAAAGAGAAGGAUUUUCUGGAGGUUUUGUUGCAAUUAAAGGAUGAUUAUGAGGGUGAAGGCAAUGAUAAGGUGUCAUUUUCCAUGACCCAUCUUAAAUCUUUGCUCAUGGAUAUGGUGGUGGGAGGAACUGACACAACUUCAAACACAGUUGAACUUGCAAUGGCAGAAAUAAUGAACAAACCAGAGGUGCUGAAAAAGAUCCAGCAAGAGCUGGACACAGUGGUUGGAACAGACAGCAUGGUGGAGGAGCAUCACAUCUAUAAACUACCUUACCUGCAAGCUGUCAUGAAAGAAGUACUCCGUUUGCAUCCUGUACUUCCCUUGCUAGUUCCUCAUUCCCCGAGUGAGUCCUGCAUUGUUGGAGGCUAUACGAUCCCCAAGGGUUCCCGAGUUUUCAUCAAUAUAUGGGCUAUCCAUCGAGACCCUACAAUAUGGACUGACCCAUCAAAAUUUGACCCAGAAAGGUUCUUAAGUGCUAAAGUUGACUUCCGUGGAAGUGAUGACUUCAAUUUCUUACCUUUUAGCUCAGGCAGAAGGAUUUGCGCUGGGAUAGGAAUGGCUGAGAAGAUGGUGCUGUUUUCACUGGCCUCACUGCUACAUUCUUUUAACUGGAAACUGCCCGAGGGAGAACAACUGAAUAUUCAGGAGAAAUUUGGGAUCGUCAUGUCCCUGAGAAAGCCUCUCAUAGCAAUCCCUGAGUGUAGAUUAUCUAGUCCAUCUCUGUAUGAAUAAGUAAGCUCUAUGCAUUAUUCUGCUCUUCUGUAUGUUGCUUUGCAUUUCAGGUUAUAUUUUAAUCAUGUAAUUGUUGAUGCACAGUAAAAAAAUAUUCUUAAUGCAUAUAAUUUCGUGUUUAUAAGCUUUUAA